ACGUGUUGAAAUUAUAAUUAAAUAAUAUACAAAUUAAAAUCGUGUGCAAUAUGCAUUGACCUCGAUUUGGACAAACUGUGUCAUGCGAUAUUCUUUGCUUGUGUAGUGCAAGUAGUUAUGACGUCAAAGUGUUUAAACAACUUCAAUCAUCAUGAGUGCUAAUAACAGCCCGUUUGGCAGAAGUUCCAAAAUUCAGCGUUCUCCGCCAUCAACACCAGUGCCACCGAAUACCGGAAAUGAAAAUGCACAACCAACGAGCGCAAAAGACCAGACCAGUCUAGACCCCGUACCAACAUCAGAAAUUCAGAACUGGAUGAGCACCAUAGAUAAAUCACUUAGUGAAAUCUGCAGCAUAUCGACGGAAGGCAAAUUGAACUCCGACCAAAAACUCAGGAUCCACAAUCUUUGCCGAAAGGUUUCCCACGGUUCAGCAAACUUGGCAGUUCUUUACCAAGGCCUUAAAGCAAAGGCACUCGUUAACCACUGCACUCUUCAGACGCUUCAAGAAAAACAAGACCUAUCAGACAGUUUCCGAGCCCUCAAGGAGAGUAUCGAUAGCACUAACAGACCGGCCACACACGCACUCUCUUUUGCCGAUAUGGUGAAAACCAGUAACAAAAACGAAAUUCGUCCUAAUAAUUUGAGGUCAGUCGCAAUUUAUCCUAAAGAUCAGUCGAAGUCAAGCGAGGAAACGAAAAACCUAGUACAAAAAAUUAUUAAUCCUGAAGAAAUGAAACUGCACGUAAGAGCGCUGCGUAAAGUUAAAAAUGGCGGUGUUAUCAUCAGCACUGAUACUAAGGACGACAUAGAAAAAUUGAAAUUGACAUUUAAAAACACAUCCCCGAAUCUCACCAUCGAUGAACCCUUCAAGCGCAGGCCCAGAGUUGUAAUAGUAGGCGUACCAUCGGCUCUACGGGAACAAGAGGUCUACAGUUGUUUAUAUGAACAGAAUAUAGCCGACAAGUUUCCAGACCUAACUCGGGAAAAUUUCUUAGCAUCUAUCAAAUUAAGCCAUAAGUCGGGUAAGAAAGAAGCAGAGUCCUGUAACUACGUGAUAGAAGUUCCAGCCUACAUACGACGAGCUCUUAUAUCUCAGAACCGAGCUUUCAUCAACUGGUCAUCAUGUCCUGUCAAAGAUUUCACAAGUGUUACAAAGUGUUUCAAGUGCCAUUUUUACGGCCAUGCUGCCAAAACAUGCAAGCAAUCAGAGCCCAUCUGUGGACAUUGCAGUAAUCUAGGCCACUCAGACAAGGAUUGCCCAUUUAAAGCAGAAAAUCCCAAAUGCGCAUCAUGCAGUCUCUUUAAAAAACCCAAUGGUCAUAUAACUGGGGACCCUGACUGCCCCGUCAGGAAAAUGGCCGAACGACGGUACAUAAACUCGAUUGAUUAUGGGGACGGUUAAUAAAUACAUGCUUUUAAAAGAUUAUCUGUUAAUUUUAAUAAAAUUGUUUAGCUAAGUAUACCUAACUAGUUGGUUUGUAGUUAUUAUCAUUUUUUUAUCGACGUAUAGAUCGAUAAUGUUUUUCAUACUUAAGUAUUUAAUGUUUGUAUAGAAUUGUCAUCAAUAAGUACUUAUUUACCUUAAG